ACGCCGUAAACUCCUCCUUCUCUUUGCUUCUCCCCGCCGCCGCCGCCGCAGCAGCAGAUCUCUGAUUUGGCACUCGGACUCGGGUGAAGCAACCAGCCAGCAAGCAGAGAGAUGGCGUUGCUCUCCCCUCGUCGCAUGGCCGCCACGCCGGCCGCCCUCCUCCUCCUCCUGCUCCUCCUCGUCGCCGCCACCGAGAUGGGGAAGACGGCGGAGGCCCGGACGUGCGAGUCGCAGAGCCACAAGUUCAAGGGCGCCUGCUUCAGCGACACCAACUGCGCCAGCGUCUGCCGCACGGAGGACUUCCCCCGCGGCCACUGCAGCACGCACUACGCCGCUCGCAAGUGCUACUGCGAGCGGGACUGCUGAGCAGUUGUCUUGGUCUUGCGUUGUGCCGUUGUCUGUCUGUUCCGUGUCUUGAUUAGGAUGGUGACAAGGAAAUAAAAGCAGCCCUGCGUGUUCUUGCGGCUUCAGUUA